AAAUAGUGUAAAAAUUCUGGAGGAAUGUGGUGAAAUGGUGUACAUGGGAGAUGCUCUUAGUUAGCGAAUAAAAUUAUAUAUCUCUAGUUUCCCACGUGUUGCAUAAUAGCAUAUCAGUUUAACUACUUCUGUACGAAACUCAUUCAAUACAACAUGUAAAAUUAAAUUUUGUGUUCCUCCAUAUCCCAUACCAGGAAGGAUGUAAUCUUCUUCGAGGCGAAAUCUUCUAUUAUCAUAAAUUUCAAGUGUUUAUUCUCAAUCUCACAUGGGUUUCUUCUCAAAAUUCAUGGCAUCCAAAUUUGUGUCAUUGUUUUUCUGGCUUCUUUUAUUGGUACCCUCUAGUUUUCAAGAAGAAGGUUUUGUCUCUGUGGUGAUAUCAGACAAGGGUCUUGAUUUUUCAAAGGAUUUGCUAAUAGAGAAAGCUAUUGACUCUAUAAUUCCAUUUCAUCUCCCUCAGAUUGAAAAAUAUGUACAAGUCCCUCUAAUUGGCAAGGUUCACGUCGCUCUUUCAAAUAUCACAAUCUACAGCGUUGAUGUCCCUUCUUCAUAUGUGGAGACUGGCGAGAUGGGUAUUGCUAUAAUUGCUUCUGGUGCUACUGCAAAGCUAAGCAUGAAUUGGAAGUACUCGUACAGUAACUGGUUUUUUGAUAUCUCUGAUGAUGGGAGGGCUUCUAUUCAGGUUGAAGGUAUGGAUGUGGGUGCCACAGUGGCUUUGGGAAACCAAGAAGGAACUCUCAAACUUUCCAUCCUUGAAUCUGGAUGCUCUGUCAAUGAUAUCUCAAUCAAGGUGGACGGUGGAGCAUCCUGGCUUUACCAAGGGUUAGUUGAUGCCUUUCAAGGUAAUAUAGAGUCUCUUGUUGAAGAUGCUAUGUCUAAGAAGAUCGGAGAAGGGAUAACAAAGCUUGAUUCGUUACUGCAAUCACUCCCUAAGCAAAUUCAAGUCUAUGAUAUUGCUGCAAUGAACGUUACUUUCGUUGGCAAGCCUGUUUUGAGCAAGUCUUCUAUUGAAUUUGAGAUCAAUGGUUUAUUCACAGCAAUUGAUGAUUUAACCUCUAGAUUUUACCAUAAAAAUUUACUAGAUCAUGUUUUCUGCAAUGCUUCUACUAAGAUGAUCGAGAUUUCGUUACAUGAAGAAGUUUUUAACUCAGUGUCCCUACUUUUCUUCAAUGCAGGUUAUAUGCACUGGAUUGUUGACAAAGUACCAGAUCAAUCACUUUUGAACACUUCUAAAUGGAAAUAUGCAGUUCCCCAACUGUACAAGAAGUAUCCAGAUCAUCCCAUUGUUCUUAAUAUAUCUGUAUCCUCUCCGCCAAUAGUUAAAGUUAUAAAUAAUGACAUUGAAACUGCAAUUUACUCCGAUGUCAUAAUUAAUGUUCUCAAUGGCACUGAAGUCAUACCAGUAGUGUGCAUGUCAUUGGAGAUUGCUGGCUCGUGCUCUCCGAAAAUUGUGGUGAACAAACUGGUUGGUACUCUUAAACUAAAAGACUUCACAACAGUUCUGAAGUGGAGCGAAAUCGGUGGCCUUCACAUGCGUUUAGUUCAGUCUGUAAUGUCAGCCCUCCUCAGAACGGUGGUCUUACCGUACGUGAACUUGCAGCUUUGGAAAGGAAUGCCUUUGCCAAUUUUAAGGGGUUUUACUGUUGAGAAUGCUGAGAUCUCUUGCAUGAAUGACACAAAGCUUGUGAUAUGUGGUGAUGUUAGCUUUGCACAACAGUGGCGAUUGGGUACUCAAUUUGUUUUGAGCUAAUGAUGUAUAUACUAUUUUAAGUUGUACAUUUGUUCUUAGGAGUAGUUAAAGUAUAGUUGUAUACUAUUUUAUUGUAGUUGUAAAUAAUCAGCUUAAAGGACAAAUAAUGAGUUUACUAUUUAUCAAGUGUAAGACUUUUCAAAAUAAAAUUAAAAUUAUAGUAAAAUUGUCUGUGA